AUGACCAUGGAGCUCUCCGACAUCUUCCGCAUCGUCAACUUGGUCGUCGCGACCAUUACUGUCCUUGGCGGUAUCACUGAGAUUUUCAGCUUCCAGCUGCAGUACAUUAUCCUCGGCACUUAUAUGAUUGUCUUUGGUCUGGCCAUUGCCUUGCUUGAGUUUCAAAUCCCUCCCCAAGUUUCACGCUACGCCAAUUUCCUCUUCUCCUUUAUCGGACGAGGCAUCUUCUACAUCUUGAUUGGUGGGCUUUUGUUCGGCACAAGUGUUCUAAGCAACAUUGCCGGUGGCAUUGUGUGUAUAACCGGGCUUGGCUACGUCGGACUAGAGUUCAUCCCUUCGAUCGAGCCACCAAACAACAUGCGCGAGGCUGAUGGGGCUGGAUGGGGCGCUGAGCAGGUUUAG